UACGGUCGUGGAUUACACCUCUCCGCACCCCCGGUUUUCGGGCGGAAUGAGACGCUCCGUGGUGCGCGAUACUCCUGUUUGUCCCUCUUUGUCCGGUGGCGACAGAAGGCCACGAUAAUUAUGGCAAAAUUUGCGUUUUUGAAUGAAUUAUAGCCGAAUGGUGGAUCAUCAAGCAUACGCCGUGUGAGGACCGGUUUGUCUGGCAAUGACGCACCAGAGAGUUUCAGUUUAACGGGACAGCAGAGCAAGCAACGGAGAAAGGGUACAGUUUGCUUCCCAGACAGCCUGCAAGAUGGCUAGCUAUCUUCAGUGGCAUGCUAACGUUAGCUAGCAAGCUAAUGCUAGCAUAGUGGACCACAGCUCUCGGAGACGUGGUCGACUGCUUUGCCUCAUACCUGCUGUGAUGAGUGUAUCGAAGGGCACAUGGUCGAUUUGUGGACAUGAAAUCGCAGUUUCGCAUCGAUGUGCCAGUUGUUGCGGUCACUCUGCGCUGCUAGCUAGCCACAUUGAGUAACGUGGCUAGCUAGUUAGCCAAGGCAGUCACUAGCUUGCGUUAGCUAGCUGCUUCUUAGCCACACAUCUGUAAGUGAUCAUUUUUUUUAGAGAGAGGGGGGGGGUGCCUUGUAACAUUGCUUGCACCGGCACACGAGCCAGGUAGCGAGCAACCACUUCCACUCAGCUAGCUAACAAAAUAAAAACCAGCAACCAAACGAACUUGUGCUAAAUAGCGUGAUCCAGCUCAGGGUUACCUGACGCUGAUUUGGUGACCAAAUCCCGGCGUGACAGACACCGUGGCGGAACAUUUGCAGCUGGAAAGGAGUUUGCAGACCUGGGCCGACGUUGUUAAAACAUAAAUCUAACAACCAACCAACCAAAAAGCCGUUUCUGCUGUGAUGACAACCAUUUUCUCGUUAUUGUCAUGACCUGAAGGCGCAUUCCACCUCCUCGGCACAUAAGCCUUUCCAGACGUCGUCAUUUUUAACUUUUUUUUUCUUGCAUAUGAACGGUGACAUGCCACUUCACCGACAGUCAUAUUAGCUAAUGGCUGCCGAAUCGGGGAGACUACAGGCGGGACAAGGAAAACGGAGCAAAGCUUCUCAGAUGAAGAGCCCGGAGAAGAAGAAGGCGAGGAAAUCAACCGCUCAGGCUGCGGGGUUCUCCCACCUCACUGAGUUUGCACCUCCUCCUACCCCCAUGGUGGACCACCUGGUCGCCUCCAACCCCUUUGACGAUGACUUUGGGCCCCCCUCCCGACCGAGUGGGGCAGGUGGACCAGGUGGUGCUCCCUUUCUUCCAAGCCCAGGUGCAAGUGGAGGAGGUGGGUAUGGUGGUGGAGGCAGGAUGGGAGGAGGCAUGGGCUUCAUGGGAGGCCCAGGAGGACCUGGUGGCGGUCAGCCUGGGCGGAGGCCACCAUUUGGCCCUUCACCUAAUGCUGGGCCUCACCACCAGCUAGGUUUUGGAGGAAUGCCUGGCUUCGGAGGUGGUGGAGGAGGGGGUGCAGGGGGAGGAGGAGGUGGUGGAGGAUUCCCCCCUGGUGGCCCCUCUCAGUUCAAUAUGCCACCAAACUUCAGUCCACCCAUGCACCCUGGGCCAGGAUUCAAUCCCAUGUUGUCGCCAGGGGGUAUGGGAGGUCCCGGAGGAGGGGGGCCACCCCAUCCUCGGUUUGGCAUGCCUCCACAGCAGCAGCAUGGACAGGGUGGACAUCCAUUCAACAGUCCACCACUACCUGGCGGUGGAGGCCCCAGAGGCCCCCCCCAUGGCCCCCUGCCUUCCAUGGGAGGAGGCAUGGGUCCUGGGAUGAAUAUGAUGGGUGGCAUGGGAGGUGGCCCUGGAGGAAACAUGGUAGGAGGGUUACCAGGUAUGCCCCCUCAAGGACAGUUCCCUACCUCACAGGAUGGUCCCUAUCCAGGCCCCAGUCCGCCAGGGCCAGGCAACGAGGAUGGAAAGAACUUUGGUGGAGGAGGUGCACCGCCUGGACCUCAGCAGCAGCAGCAGCAGCAGCAGCAACAACAACAACAACAACAGCAGCAGCAGCAGCAGCAACAACUUAACCUAAAUCCUAAUGGCCCCCCUCCUAAUAACGCCACCCCUGGCCCUCCUCCUAACUCUGGCCCACCACAGCCUGGGGGCGGCUUCCCUGGUCACCCUGACGUUCAGCAGCCCAAUGCCAAUACACCUGGUCAGCCUCCCUCAGCGCAGCCACAGCCUAACCCUAACUCUUCUCCCACUGGACCCCUGAAUGGAUCAGGGCAGCCCCAGCAUCCACCUCCCUCUCAGCUACAGCCCCCCAGCAAUUCAAACACACCAAACUCUAAUAACUCUACCCAGCAGCAGCAACAAUCCACUCCACCUAACUCUGCCCCUGGCUCCACACCUUACAACCAGCAGAACAACACCCCAGGUUCUGGUGGUCCGAUGCCAAAUGCAGCCUCAAAUUCAGGUCAGAACAGCAUGACCAAUAACAAUGGAGGCAACACUCCUGGCAGCAACCCCAACCCCCCUUCUAACUCCACCUCAACUCCCAACACCCAGUCUCCCCUGCCCCCUGGCCCUGCUGCCCCUUCGACCGGGCCCGGUUCUGGCCCCGGAAAACUCGGUGGCCCCGGUAUGGUCUUUCCUUGCGGCCUCUGUAUGGCGGAGGUCCACGACGACCAGGACGCCAUCCUGUGCGAGGCCUCGUGCCAACGCUGGUUCCACCGUGACUGUACAGGCCUGACAGAGCCAGCGUACGGGCUGCUGACUCGAGAGAGCUCUGCUGUUUGGGCCUGUGACUUCUGCAUCAAGACCAAGGACAUCCAGGCUGUGUUUGUGCGCCAGGGAUUAGGCCAGCUGGUGGCAGCUAAUGAGAGUUGAGGAGUGGGUGACAAAAGAGCAGCGUGGAGGUGCGACACGUAAGGACACAUAGAGACAUCUUUGUUCUGAUCUCACUGAAUGACGUGUGUGUCAUGUCAGCUUCUUGCCCAGUUUUCUCUUGACUAGCCCUUUACUUGUUCACUACACAGAGGAACACACUCAUUGACAUCCAUGCUUAUAAAUAGCACUUUGAGUGACUCUAGGCAAACGAUUUUUCUUCUCCCCACCCCACAGGAGUCAAAUCAUGAUGAAUGUUAAAAUUACACAGUCCUCCAGACAUCUAGCCUGCCAACCAGCAAAGCACUGACACCAACACACUACCUCACACACUUUGUAACUGACUGGCACGGAAGCUCCCGCACUGACUGACUGGGAUUGACUUGGCACACUCGCACCACAAGAGUGUGAUGGUAUUUCAAACAAACACACACACGAUCCCACGCUAGACAGGGAGCUAAUUGUUGGAUAAUGGCCAGACUGUGUUUUGACCCAAAGUACCAACAGUAUUCUUUGAUUAUUUUUGGCUUUGAAUUAAAACACAUCAUUUAUAGAUUCUUUACAAAUGAAAAAGUUUAAUAAUGACGAGUCCAUAAAACUCUAAAAGGGACUUGAGUUUCUUUCAUUCAUUGAUUGAAUCACAGCUUUUAUUGUAGGACAUCACAACUUUUUUUCCUGGAAGCAAGUACAAGAAAACAGAAUAACACAUCAGUAUAUUUCCGUGUAAACAGUAUCAUGAGUAUUGUGAAAUAUAAAUGUCAAGUGGGGGGGAGGAUCUAUUACUAAGUUCUUUUGAUAAUUCCUACAUACAUGCACACACAUACUUUGACCCUGUACUCAUUUUGUACCCUGUGCUGAUAAAUCCAAAGGAGACCCAGGCCGAGAUUACACCCACACUUCACAUCGAAGGCUUAGUCCAUGUAGUUGUAAAUAUUAGGACGAAACAUUUGUCUGGAACUCCCCCAUCCGUUGUGAACAUGCCACAGAGUCGACCAAUGAACAAAAAUAAUGAGUUGAACCUAUGUGUCUUGGUUGUAAACAAUAUGGCGUUUUGGUUUUUUAUACAGUACGUUAGAGUCAACAGUUUGUUUUUAUCUCUGCAGUACACAUGAAUUGUGACAUCAGUGCUUUUGGAUGGUGUUGGCAUAGCAAGUAGUGACAUCAUGUCAUAUCAAAUGUUCAUAUUUCUUUUUAACAAAAAAAAUAGAAAAAAAGGGGGCGGGGGGUGCAUGUGAACCAAUGCAGUAAGUGUCUGACCUGUUUAUGUUUAUAUUCUGGCCUCUGUGCAGCGAGAGGCCUUGAAGUAGACCAAAUAACUAAUGAGCGAAAAAUACCCAUUUUCACACUUCUGUCACAGUAUAAGGUGUUUAUAACUAUUCUUCUUUCUUUGUUUCCUUUCAUUUACUUCAUUCAAUUGCCUUUUUCUUGCUCUCUCAGCUGUUCCCUUUUAAUUUUGUACUGGUAUUUGUGCUGUGCUUUUGCUCUGUUGUGGCGCCUCCUGGUGAAACUUGGAGGAACCACUGAGUCCCACACCAGGUGGGAAAGGGAAAGGUACUGAACUCUGAAGUAAAGAGAUUUUUUGUACUCGUCUGUCUGUUUUUUAUUGCUAAACAUUGUAUUAAAAUGAGGGUUGGAAAUCUAAUUAAAACAUCAUAAUGUAAUUUCUUUGUCAUAAUGCCCAGUUACAGUUUUAACUCUAACUUGGUUUUUUUUUCUAGGUAAUUUAACUUUAAA